GUUUUGUGUGUGUUUUUAAAUAAAGAGAGUUUAGAUUUAAUUAGCAAAUUUUAAUUAAAUGAAUUAAUUGGAUUUAACUAAAAUAAAUAUUUCCAUUUUUAGAAAGUGACCAACUUUAGUGGGACACCAAAAAAAUAAAUGUGGCCAACUUUAAUGGGACGGAUGGAGUAUUAAAAUGUGGGACAUCCAAAAAAGGAAAGUGAGAUACUAAAAGCUGGGACGGAGGGAGUAUAAUUUUUUGUUAACAGAUGAAAAUAAAAAUAAGACUAUAAUUUUCAUGAACGGAGGAAGUACUCAUAUUAUUUAUGAGGUCUAUUAUAAUAUAAUUCUACUUGCAAAUGACUAAAAAAUAUUGCGACGAGCAGUAUAUUAUUAACGAUUGAUGGAAUUAUUCUUGUCAUCGUGUGCCAUUUUCCCCUUGGUCUAAGUGUAAGCCUAGUCGAGACCCAGUGGACGUGUUGCUAUGUUAUUGGGUGGCCCGAUUAAUUUUUCAGGCCGGCCCAAAAUUAAAUACAAAUGUGUCUUGCAAUUAAUAAAAGCAAAAAGGAAUUUAUAAACGUUAGGUGACACAUGUAAUGCUCAUUUUCAUUAUAUGGAGUGCUAAUAUUCUCUUUACCAGACUUAGGAGGUGAUUUGUAUAAUGGAAUGAGGGUGGGAAUGGAAUGGUAAUUUCUACUUUUAUUCAAUUUCUUUGCUUGAUAUAUUUUCUUUGUAGAAAUUAUCAGUUUAUUUGGAAUCACCAUUUCUACGUUCAUGAGAAUCACAAUUCUUUCCACCUACCAUGGUAUUACUCAUUAUCAUUCCAUUCCAUUCUUAAUCCUUCCAUCUAUGAAACAUGUAAAUAUGAAAUAUACAUUAUUAUUAUUAGCCCAAUUGACGAUGGUCGAUGAUUACCGUGUCGGAUCUUCUGUUGUUGCUACGAUAUCUGUUCUUCAGCUACCCCAACAAAAUGAUACUACAAGUUGCGCGAUCAAUUCCCAAACUUUCAAUCUUUUCAAAUGGGGGAAAUGGGGGCAAUAUUGUGAAAUAAAAAAUAGGGUUAAUGUCGUGAAAAACCAUGAACUUUGGUGCUAUUUCCAAACUUUCCACGAACUAUUUUUUUUAUCCAAUUUUUCAUGAACUUAAACACCCGAACAAUUUUUCCACAAUUUUCAAUAAGCCCCAAUUAGAGUGCUGACAUGGCACUCUUUAAGUCACCUGAAAGAUGACAUGUCUUCGCCGGCGACAUUAAGAAACGACGUCGUCUACAUUGGCAUCAAACUACGUCGUUUUCUUCAUUUUUUAUUUCCUACAUCUAUUUAGGUCUACAUUUGGGGAAAUUAAGAAAUCACUUCCCCAUUUCCACGAUUGAGGGUUUCAGAAGAAUCUGAUGAAUUUCUCGCCUUCUUCAUCUUAUGGCGCCUCUUCUUCCAUGGCUACACCUGAUUCCCUCCCUGAAUGUACGUGCAAACUUCGAGUGGAGAUGAAAAUGUCGCGAACGCACCUCAAUCCUGGGCGAAGAUUUCUCAGAUGCUCCAACAAAGAGAAACAAUGUGGCUUCUUUGAGUGGGUAGAUCCUGAAAUAAAGCCUAGAAAUCAAGAUGAUGAUGCUGAAAAACUGAACUUCUGGAUUGGAGAAUGCUAUCGCCUGCAAAAAUAUGUGGAGGAAGAUAUGAAGCGAAUUAGAUUGUUGGAGGAUGAAGUGAGACUCCUCAGAAUGGAGAAGGUUAAGGGCAGCAAGAACUGGAAGAAGAAGGUGUUUGUUUGUGCUUGUGUUGUUGGAGUUGUUAGUGUGGUAAUUCAAGCAUUUGUUGCUUAGGG